AUGAUUGUGAAGUGGAAUUCAUGGUCUUUGUACAGGCAUCAUCACGUACUAAUAAAGUUUGCAGUUUCCAUUCUCUUUUCGGGUCUUACUUUUAGGCUUUACGUCGUUCAUUAUAAUGGAUUUGCAUCUGAUUUACAAUCUUCUAUUCAUGAGAAAGAUCAAGUUCCGGAACAAGACGUUGCAAUACCUGAAAAUAAAGAUCAGAUACCUCUCGUUACAGAAAAAUGUGAUCUUUUUAAAGGGGAUUGGAUUCCCAAUCCCUCUGGCCCGAUUUACACCAACGAGAGCUGCCGCUGGAUAGAAGAACAUCAGAAUUGUAUGAAGAAUGGCCGCCCUGAUCCUGGAUAUCUAUACUGGAAGUGGAAGCCUCGUGACUGUAAAUUACCCCCUUUUAAUGCAAAGAGAUUUCUGGAGUUGAUGAGGAACAAAGCAUGGGCUUUGAUUGGUGAUUCCAUUUCUAGGAACCAUGUGCAGUCAUUGCUGUGCAUGCUCUCAACAGUUGAUCAGCCUGUUGAAGUUUACCGCGAUGGGGAUAACAAAUCAAAGAGGUGGCAUUUCCCAUUGUACAAUCUCACAGUAUCAAAUAUUUGGUCUCCUUUUCUUGUAACGGCCGCUAUUUUCGAAGAUAUCAAUGGCGUUUCGACAGGCGAAGUUCAGUUGCAUAUCGACAAACUUGACGAGGCAUGGAAAGAUAUAUACCAGAGCUUAGAUUACAUGACAAUCUCAACCGGACAAUGGUUUCUCAGGGCUGCAAUCUACCACGAGAAUGACACCAUUGUCGGCUGCCAUUUAUGUCCAGGAAAAAACCUGACAGAACUAGGAUUUGUCUAUGCCUACAGGAAAGCCCUCCACUAUGUCAUGGACUUCAUUGUCAAAUCGAAGCAUAAGGGGCUGAUCUUUUUCAGGACGUCCACACCCGAUCACUUUGAGAACGGCGAAUGGCACAACGGAGGGACUUGUCCGAAGACAAGUCCAGGUAAACCAGGAGAGGCCAAAAUGAAGGAGUUGAGUAAAAUUCUAUACGACAUUGAAUUAGAAGAGUUCGACAAGGCAUCGGCAAAAGCAGCUGACUAUGAUGUGAAUCUUAUUCUGCUCGACUUCACAAAUCUCUUGUUAUUGAGGCCAGACGGACAUCCCGGUCCAUAUCGACAGUUCCGACCGUUUGCAGAGAACAAAACAGCAGUCGUUCAGAACGACUGUCUACAUUGGUGUAUACCAGGACCGAUGGACUUCUUGAAUGAUGUGAUUAUGGAUAUAGUGGUUAAAAAGAGUUUGAAUUAUCCGAUUCGGAGGUCGGUUUGUGUCGGAAUUUCUCACAGUUGCGAGGCUCAGACGAGUCAUCUUCCUGGCUAUAACUAG